UAUACUUUGGUUAGCGUGGUUUUUGCCAGGAGUAUUUUCUUAAUUUUUCUGUGAAAUUAAAAUAAAAAAAGUUAUUAAAUUUAUUACAAAUCAGCACAAAAGUCCACAAUAAAAAGAUGGCGCUUAUAAGUAACUUUCAAUACAUCAAAUUUACUUGAGAAUUUGUAAAAUAAAGUUUUUACGAAAAAAAUUCCUAAGGACAGUGUGCAAAAGUGUGAUAAAAGAAAAAAGAGUGCGAAGAAGAAAAAAACGCAACGAAAAGUUGAGAAUAUACAAGAAAGUAAAUUCACCACGACUACUGGGAUUUCAACUCUAUAUAAAAUUAAGUUCAAAUAAAAGAGAGUAAACAAUAAAAAGUUGCUCCUUUUUUUUCAACAUCAUUGGCAUUCCAUAGAUUGUUGUCUAGAAAAAACAACAACAAGAAGUACUUUUGAGAUUUUGAAAUUCAAUUCAAAGAAUUUUGAAUAUUAAUAAAAAAAAAAUAAUAAUUAAAACUCACGUCCUAAGGACAACGUGUAGCCAAAUUUCCAACAGAGAAAAAAAGCCAUCACAUAAAGGAAAAUAAUAGAAAUAUAAUCGUUUGGAGAAAGAAAAGCAAGUGCGAUACCAACUGCAAUAGUUGCCAGUUCGUUUUGGGGUUUUCUUUGUUUUUGUGCGAAAACAUUUUGAAUGGAUCCUUUUGUUGGUUGGUUUCAAGAGGAACAGGAGGGUCCAGCUUUACUCACAUGGUGUAAAAUUUGGGAAACCAAUGCGCAUGAAAUGAGCCAAUUGCUGGAGCAACAGAAUCAACAACUGCAGCUACAACAAUUACAAGGUGGUGGUAAUAAAUUCAAUAACGGUGCUAAUUUAACUCCUAGAGAUCGUGAUUCCAUACAAUUGCUAUUGCAACAAUUUGGUGGCUUACGCAACAACAACAACAACAAUAACAACAAUCAUAACAGCAGCAAUAACAAUAACGGCAACAAUUCCAGCGGCAAUACAUCCAGCAAUAAUUCCCUUGAUUCAACCACUACGACCAAUACAAAUAACGAUUCACAUACACCUGCCAACAACACAACACAGGGCGGCGGAGGAGGAGGCGGCGGCGGCGGCGGAGGAGACGGUACAAACACUACGACGACGACUUUGACUGGUAAAAUGCCUUCGCACGAACGUCCCAGCUAUUAUAAUCCCUCGCGCAGGAAAAUUGGCCGCAUUGUCGACAACAAGGCCAGUACAUACAAUUUUAACAAACACAUGGACAAAUUGAUAUCGAAAUAUAAGGGCUGUCCCUGGCGUGUACCGGAUUUCAAUUACUGUCGCGGCGUUUUGGGUCUCCAUCAGGAGAUUGAGCAAUUCUACAAUUAUGUACUGCCCACACCCACCGAACAUGCCAUACGCAACGAGGUGGUACAUCGAAUUGAAGCCGUGGUCCAUUCCAUUUGGCCUUCGGCUUUGGUUGAGAUAUUUGGUUCCUUCCGUACUGGUUUAUUCCUGCCUACCUCUGACAUUGAUCUAGUGGUAUUAGGUCUUUGGGAUAAAAUGCCAUUGAGAACUCUCGAAACUGAACUGAUCGCCCGUGGCAUAGCUGAACCUCAUUCGGUGCGUGUUCUGGACAAGGCCUCUGUGCCCAUUAUAAAACUAACCGAUCGUGAGACUCAAGUUAAAGUUGACAUCUCCUUCAACAUGCAGUCUGGCGUCCAAUCGGCAGAGCUGAUUAAAAAAUACAAGCAAGAGUUCCCAUUGCUUGCUAAACUGGUGCUGGUGUUAAAACAGUUUUUACUUCAACGUGAUCUCAAUGAAGUUUUCACUGGUGGCAUUUCUUCCUAUUCAUUGAUACUCAUGUGCAUUAGCUUCCUACAGCUGCAUCCUCGUCAAAUUCACGCCGAGACUGAUAAUUUGGGUGUUUUACUCUUGGAGUUUUUCGAACUGUACGGCCGCAAGUUCAACUAUAUGAAAAUUGGCAUUUCCAUAAAGAACGGCGGUCGCUACAUACCCAAAGAAGACUUACAACGUGAUAUGAUCGAUGGUCAUCGGCCGUCACUGCUGUGCAUAGAGGAUCCACUAACCCCCGGCAAUGAUAUCGGACGUAGUUCGUAUGGCGCCUUACAAGUAAAGCAGGCCUUCGAAUACGCCUAUCUAAUGCUAUCACAGGCUGUGAGUCCUCUCAAUGAUUGGGCCAACGAUUGUAAUGAGCGUUCAAUACUGGGACGCAUUAUACGUAUCACCGAUGAUGUUAUAGAUUAUCGCGAAUGGAUACGUGAACAUUUUGAGCAUCUUGUCGUUCCACGCCACUCACCCGUCUCGGCGUUAGGUGGUCCAGGUACACCGAACGUGGUGGGGAAUACCACCAAGUACAUGCAGAUACAAUUAUUGCCUUCCAAUAUGUUGCCAGCCGGUGCUUUAACCGGCCAGCAGCAACAGAUUCAUAUAAUACCACACCUCUAUCAUCACCAGCAGCAGCAGCAGCAACAUCAUGUUGCCGCUUUGAAUUCAAUGUGUCAUAGACGUGGUAGCACUUCAUCGGGGGAUGAUUCGGAGGACAGCAAAGACUGCGAUGCCGACUCAACGUCACCGACAACAGGGUCUACCACACACAUUGUGUUGGGCGGCGGUGUUCCAAUGACACAAACAACAUCCGCGAAUAUUCACACAAAUGCCCGGAUGGAUACAUGAUGAAUAGUUGCCGGUUUGGUGCAGCAACAACAACAACAACAGCAGCAACAUCAGCAGCAAUUGGUACAAAUGCAAGUGGCAGCAGCAGGAACACAGUUCACAAUGCAUGCUGGCAAUAUCAAUGCGCUGAAAACGUUGCCGUUGCAGCAACAAACCCCGCAGCCUCUAACACAACAACCCCAACAACAAUACACACAACCACAAACACCACCCACACAAACAAAUAGUUUUAUAUCAUUAUCAACAUCAUCGCCACAACUAUCAUCCUCAACAAUAACAACAACAACCACACAAACAACAACAGCAACAAUAACAACACCCACAACAACAAACACAAAAUCCACAUCCACACAGUCGCUUAAUGAAAUUAUUAUUACAACAACUACAACUACAAUUGUUACAUCUUCCUGUACCACAUACACAACAACAGCCGAAACAUCAGCGAUGGCAUCAACAACAACAUCAACAGCCGCAUCACCAUCGCCAACAUCAUCAUCAGCAGCAGCAGCAGCAAUGUCUGACUUUCAAACGGCCUCAUCGUCUACAAAGAAAAAUCUACUCUCACCCUCACCUCCCAGGCAGCAAGCAAUCCAACAACAACAGCAGCAGCAGCAACAACAACAACAGCAACAGUCAUCUUCAAAUAAACCCCAUUACUAUCGUCAACAAUUCUAUGUACCACCUCCAAUGCAGCAGCAGUAUCAGCAGUAUGCCGCUUCUAAUCCAAAUUAUGUUGCCAGCUCGAAACCCCGUUACACCAAUCAGCAGCGUUUGCAGCAACAACAACAGGUGCGACAGCAGCGUCUGCAACAGCAGCAGCAACAGCAUUCGUCUACAUUGCCGCGUCAACAUAAUGCCUCCACGAGUACAUCGAGUUUGGGUGGUUCGACGGCGACGACGACCACACAUGGUAUUCUAACAUCCGCUUCCUCAACAAUAUCGAUUAUUUCCAUUUCAUCGGAGUCAUCAGUGGCCUCAAAUGGAUCCGAUUCAUCGUCGAAAUCGGGUUCGGAAUCUGAAUCGCGUCCCUCAAAUUCAGCUUCUUCAUCAUCGGUAUCGGCUUCAAAUAUGAAAGCAGAUCGGACGUCAACUCGUUCUUAUAAGGACAACAAUGAGAAGAAGAAAACCAAAAAAGCCACCAAAUCUAAUAAAUGGAAGUAAAGUAUAUUAUUAUUAUUUUUUUUUUUAAACAACCAACAACAAAAGAAAGCAAAUUAUAUAUAUAAAUAUUUAACAAAACCAACCAACAAAACUUAAAGCAUUUAGAAAUCGAAAUUGUAUGAAAUGAAACAAAAAAGCAAACAGCAACUGAUGAGACAAAAGAAAGAAAAACCCUUAAAACAAAAACAUCAAUCAAUCUAUAACUCUCUCUAUCUCUCUAUAAAUCUACUCUUAGUAUGAUAAGCAAUAUGUUAUUAGCUUCACUUAUAACUUUAAAAACCCAAUUAACCAAAACAAAAAAAAAAAGAAAAGAAAAACAAGGUACUCAUUCCUUACCUAACGCUCCCCCCACCCCUUUUCCUAUUCCUCAUCAACAUCAUGAUAAACCUACGCUACAGCAGCAGCAUCUGCAACAUCAUUGUUAUCAUCAUACACAUACAUCAUCAUAGCUAACAGUUUAAAUUUAAAGGAACAAAAUAAAUCACAAACAAAACCCUAACAUAACUACACACACUUAUAGAAUACAACAACGAAUUGUAGACAAAACUGAAUAAUAAUAAAAAAAUAAAUAAAUAUAAAGUAUAAAUGAAGUCAUUGUUAGCUAAAGCAAAAAAAAAACAAAAGUAAUAUGCAAACACUUAAAAAUAUACAUACAUUACAUAAAUACAAACAAACAUACAUACAUAGAUACAAACAAGUACAUACAUACAUAUAGGCCUCUAAACAUAGUAACUAACUAAAUAAGUAUAAUAAUUAUAAUAAUGAUAACGAUAAUGAUAAUACUUAACUAAGAAAGUAAAUCUAAGUAAUUACUGUACUUGUAGGAAUGUUAAACCAAACAACAGCAAAGAAAGCCAUGUGUAGUCUGUAAAUUGUAUUGAGCACUUUACAAUAUGAUAGAAAAGGAUACUAAAACCCCCUCCCCCUGUACUCCUCCAAAAUACAUAUUCAAUUGUUGUUGAUAUUGAAAUUAGGGCGGCAAAAAAAUUAAUGAAAUUAUGUUUUGUUCUUUCAAUAUUUCAUAAUUACUUUUUAGCUAUAAUUUUUGCUGACAUAAGGUAACAUUGCUUGCUUGCAGCUUUUAAAUAUUUUCCAAAAAAUACACAUAGAGAGGAAACUAGAAAAAAAACUCAAACAAAAAAAUAAAAAAUUGCCCAAGAUAUCACACAUACGAGUGUGGUUUCUUGUUUUCACAUUUGUUGUCACAUCUUAGGUUUUUGUCAUGAUAGUUUCCGAUCUACGUUUAUUUAUCUAUGAUAUUUUCAUUUUAAGUUACAAAACUAAUUAUUAAUUUGUAAAUCUCAUCAUGUCGACAUUUACUUUCGAAUAUUUCAAAUGCAAUUAAUAUAAAUUAUCUUAUAUGUUGUUUUUCUAAACGGAAUCUAAUAGAUUCUACUGAAAUGCUUGUGUGCAGCGAGCUACCAUGUCAACCAUCUUAUAUGUUUGUAUUUUUUUUUGAGUUUUAAAAGCUGUUUGAAAUUUUAGGCAUAUAAUAGAGUAGAUAUGGACAAAAUUAUAGCACUUUGGUUUUAUUAUUAUUAUUAUUGCAAUUAAUGAUUAAGCUAAUUCAUGUCAUCGGUCUUUGUUAGGACUUUCGCACAAUCGCUGCAACCAUACGUAUUAAAUGUGUUGGAAUUAUUCGAAUGUUUACAUUUUCGCAAGGGUAAAAUGAUGACAUGAAUUAACUUAAUAUUCACCCCUAUCGCGAAUCAAUAUUACACAUGAAAUAUGUUCCCUUUUCCCAUUUUUCGUUCAUAAACUUUGUUCACGUGAAAAAAUCCACCAUGUUGGGAAAUUUUUAGAUGGAAUUUUGUAAACAAUAAACAGCUGUUAAGAACAAAAUCAACUAUUGUGAAUGAAAAGUUCAUGGGAAUAUCACGAUAGCAAUAUCGAGGGAAAUGGAUAUUUCAUGGGAACAUAAAUUGUGUUAAAUAUUUAAUAGCGAAACGUUCAGACUAUAUUCAAAACUACUCAAAUGUUUUUUAUGAUCCCUUACCUUUCAGCAGACAAAUCCUUGUCAUGCCUGUAAAAAUGCCUACAUGUAGUUUUUAGAAAAUGUUUUAUUUGUAAAUUUAUGAGCCUUAUUCAUCGUUUAUACAAUUACCAAUGCAUUUCCAAAUAUUUCUACUGAUUUCGAAGUUAUUACAAAGAAUCAUGUGCAAAUUUCUAUGGCUUUCAUACAAAAAAUAAACUGACUCUUAUAGGCAUGCAAGAGGUAGAUAAUCUAAAUAAAAUUGACCGGAGUUAACUUUCUCUUAUGGUAAUUUACAAGCAAACAUUUUACUGUGUAUUUUUUCAGUUUGAAUUGAAGCUAUGUUUGAUUAAUUUUAUGUUUCGAUCAACAUACAUAAUAGACGGAUAGUUAAUAAAUGAAUUAACCGUAUUUAAAUCAAAGUACUUUAUAGUAAACUACCCUAGCAAACGUAGAAAGUGUAGCGAAAAUAAUACAGCUUACAAGACCACAACAACAAAAUAUUCAGCCCAAUUAUGAAAAAAAUUCCCCGAGAGUUUUUUCCUUUUAAUCAUUUUUCCUAUUCAAAUUCUACAGUAAAAAAAGAAAAGGGAAAAAACUACCGGGGAUUUUUUUUUUUCAUAAUUGGCUGUGAUUUAAUACACUCUAAACAGAUGAGUGUUUUAACAUCUUUAGAAACUAGAGUUUAGAAAGCUGAGUUUCAUGAUAAUUUAAAAAAAGUAAUAAUUUUUAAAUUAAAACUAAUGGCGUUUUCUUUUCUGACGCAUAAUGUUGCCAACAUAUUUUGUACCAUUUAUUAAAAGUUACCCAUACCCUUAUAAUGUGUUACAUUUUUAACGAUCACAAUAGAACAAAAACAAUUACCAUUUAUGCAGUUUUCUUUUAUGUAGCUUCAAAAUAUUCUAAAACUAUACUUUUUGCUUCCAUUAAUACAAACGAACUUCAAAAACAAAUCAAAAAAAAUCUGUUUAAAAAGUGGUGACAUUCUAACACUUUGAUAAAAUGGAGGGUGAAACAUGUAGCAUAUUUUCGGGAUUUUAGGGCAACAUUAUUCGAAAAGAACACUGUAAAAUCCAGAAUAAAGGCAAAAUUUACGCCAGAAAAGAAAACGCCAUAAGCAAAUAACCAUAGAAAUCAUAAUUUGUAUACAAUUUUGGAACAGCAAAACAACUUAUAUUUUUAACAUUCACACAACUAGUUUUUUUUUCAUAAAUCAUACAACUCUGCAAAAAGAAACCUAAAAUUUAUUUUUAAAUUUGACUUUGUAGUAAAAUAUUUAAGCAUUUUUGCUACCACGAAGAGUAAUUUCUGUUUAUGAAAUAGUUUUAUUUUUAUGAAUCACUUGGUUUUGUAAAUGUUUUAUAAUUUAUCUGCUAAAAACAUGACCAUAUCAUAUACAUUUUCAUAAAUAUGUUUGAGAUAUAAUCAGAUUUACAGGUUUUUCACAGAAUUAAUUAGAAAAACAACAAGAAAUAAUUUAAAGCAAUGAGUACGGUAACGAUUUCCUGUAAAACCUGCAAAUCUGGGAUGUACUAAAACAAAUUUUAUAUAUAACAAAUGUGUUUUUAAAUACAUAAUAAAUAAAUAAAUAAUUUAUUCGUGUUCUCCGACAAAUUAUAAAUUAUUCUAAUAUAAAGGUCU